AUGAAUACAUUUCUUCUCUUUCUCCUCGCCAUAUUUUCCAGUUAUGGUGGAAAUGCUUCUAAUAACACGUUGCAUUUACCAUUGACAAUAAAUCGACUCAUACAAGAUGCCAUACAGCGAGACCCGUUGAUGGAUGCUUACAUACAAUUAAAUAAAACGUUUUUUGACCACGCAACAUUUAGUGAUAUAGUUAACAGCCUUGAUCAAAAACCUCUCCCUCAACUAAAGAAAAGUCUAACCGGAGUGAUUAUAGUUGGACUAGCUGCAAUAGCCCAUGGUUUGACUGUCGACAAAUUUCUACAGCCAAGCAAAUGGACAAUAAUUAUGUCAGUAGAAGAACUGGCGAAUGUUUCAAACAAUAUCACUCUGCCUUUAAAUGACAAAGUAGUUUUAAUCACAAUUCAAGAAGCGAUGUUUAACGUUUUGGAGAAAAGAUUUAACUUCAAGACUGAAGAAAUAGCGGAACAUUUAAAUACCACAAAAGAUGAAGUAUAUGCGUUUUUGGAACCAGGAUGGAUAAAGGUUGUUAAUUUUAUCACGAAGAAAAAUAUUUUAGCGCUGUCAAGAAAUUAUACAAUUCCACCAUUUUACAUUGCUGAAGCUCUCAACAUGUCGUUACCAGAACUUUACAACUCAACACUGCCACAGCUUGAAGAUAUACUCGUGAAUAAAAUUAACAUCAUCAAAG